UUGUAGCAUAAAUAUAUCUGCUAAAUGCACACACUGAGACCAGCAGAUCUUGCCCGUCAGCACAAUGGAGCUGGCCGGGGUUGCGGCGUGUAGCGGGAGACCCUCCCAUCGCGAGAUGGGCCACGGGGCGGAUCGAAGCGUCAACAUCACGGGCGGGAUGGCACUGGCACUGGCAGCGGUGGGCUGAGCAGGGUGAGUCUCCCAGCGAUGAUUGACUGUUGGGUUUUAGUUAACUCAUUAGUUUUUGUCAGCUCAAUGCUUGUGAUGGAAGCCACAAAGAUGCCGUGCAACAGAUGCAGAAUGAACACAGGAUUAUUAGACAUAUUAACUCUGUAAUGUUCGCCACACACAAAACCCGAGGCAUGCCCACUGGUUACUUGACAUGUUUGGUGCUGUGGCUGAGGCAGGAUGGGUAGUGUGACACAGUUAUGGAAAUCGUUUCCGUUUCCAACCCCUGCCGUCAUUCGCCUCCGAGGAGUGAAAGUACAGCGAUGCUGCGUAACUUGCAGUGUAGGCAGCUCAUCCAACCUGCCAGCCAGCCACACAAGUGCUGAUGACGUGUUUUCUUGGCGUCUUAAGACAUCGAGAACAAAGGUGAUUGCUGUAGCCUUGGAGUGUAUAGACCCGUGAUCUCCUUAAUGUGUUCAUACAGUCAGCAGAUUGGAAGGUGCAUGGUACCCUAGUCUUAACUGGUGUAGCUGACUUCAGAGUGUAAUUGUUAUGGUGUUGAUCUCCUGCCAUUAAGUCUAAAACUUCUAAGUCACAUCAACCAUGCGGUGGCAGAAGAAGUUCAAGGUUCUUCGUUGUUAUAUCCUCAUCUUGGGCUGGCUUGGAAUAAUUCUGCUCUUCUUAUCUUACUGGAGGGUGGAGACAGACCCAUCUCAUCCACCUGCACCCCUGAAGGUCAGUGGAGGAGGUGCACCACCACCUGGUCUCCUUCAGCAAGAAAAACCACGAGCCAAGAAGCUGCGCCAUCUGUGCAACCCACCGGACCGUAUCCAAAGGAACCAGGAGGGAGUGUUACCAUCCCAGUAUCAGCUGAGUGGAGUGGUGAUCUUACUGAGACAUGGGGACCGUGGACCAUUAAUACACGUGAGAAACUUAUCCAACAUCAAUUGUGGCCAUCACAGCUAUGGCACUCCUACUUACAAGAAGUAUGUGGGAGACAUACUUAAUGUGUCCCGUACCAAUACUUAUGUCAACUUUGUAGGCCCAUUUGUAAGGUUUCCAUUGCUACCUCCUCCAUCUCACUGUGGUCUGGGGCAUCUCACCCCACAAGGUGUAUUGCAGCAUUUACAGUUAGGCAGAGUGCUCAGGCAAGUUUAUCUCAGUGAGCUCAACUUGCUGAGUAACCACUGGGAAGAGGAAGAUAUUUUAGUGUAUUGCACUAAAUUUCGCAGAACGUUCCAGAGUGUAUUAGCCUUUCUUUACUCCUUCCUCCCAGACUUUAACAUCUCUAAGGUUCGUCUGCAGGAGGGGAAAGGCAUUAGCUUCUGUGGAGAGGACUGUCACUGUGAACAGUCUGACUACUUUGACCAAAGGUACGAACAGGAAAGACGGGACUAUCGCAGGUCACAUCCAGGCAUUGUGGAUUUAGUUCAUCGGGUUAACCCAUUAGUGAGGGAUGGUGAGGAAAUCAGUAAUCCCAUUACGAUGCGAGAUGCUUUGUUGUCCUAUGUAUGUCAUGGCGCCUCACUUCCCUGUGUGGAUGGUCGAUGUGUGAAGGUUGAGGAUGUAACAGGCCUUGUGUCAUAUGAAGAGUGGGAGGGGCGGCAGAAGCGUACCUCCUCCCAGCGUAAAGCAGCCAAGCUGAAGAUGUAUGGGUUACUUAAGAGUAUCACAGGAGUUGUAAACAGCAUGAUGGAAGACAGUCAUCCUCGUGUGGUGGUGUACUCUGGCCAUGACCGCACUCUCAAGUACCUUUUGGACACUCUUGGUAUACCAAACUACCAAUUGCCCCACUAUGCUUCCAGACUGGUGCUGGAGCUGUACCAAAACACCUCUACCACUCCUGGUCCAGAUUAUCAUGCUACAUACUUCUUCAGAAUGGUGUAUAAUGGGAAAGACAUUACUAAAUUUAUCCCCUUCUGUGACAGUAUAACUAUAAGGCAGCUGAAGUCAGGUAGUGUGAAGCGUGGUGCCAUCAGCUUGUGCAGUGUUAGCAAGUUGGUGAAUUUUCUCAGGCCAGAUGUGUACUUCAAGGAAUUUAAUGCAGCUUCUUUCAGAGAUGCCUGCCAUAAAUGAAAUUCUUAUAAGUAAUGCUCUUGAGAGAUAGUUGAAUGACAGUUUCUUUGACUAUUUUGUCCUGGCCUUUUUAAAGCCAAAGUUGAACUAUAAGGAUGAAAAGCAGGCAUCUAUAUUUGUCCCAUUGGUUCUUUUAGGAUGCAUUUUAAGGGAGCUGUCAUCAUGCCUCAUUGUAUUUCUAGUCCAAAUAACAUGUUUUGCUUUUUA